GUUCGCAAUGGGUUCACUUUGGCACCAUGUACUCCAAGUACUUCUUGCCCUGAUCCUUGUGGAUCUCGGAAUGGCUUUGGUCAGUGACGCGGAGUGGGCGCGGUACAAGGCCCGGUACAAUAAGCACUACAAGUUCAACGACAACUACCACCGAGAGAUAUACAAUAGAAGGGUCCAGGCAGUUGCCAGAAACAACAGGCUCUUCGCGGAGGGAAAAGUGGGAUACAAGAUGGGGCUGAACGAGCACUCCGACACGGAUCAAAGCUUACUCUUUAGCUACCGAACGUCCAUGAAAAUGCCUCCGGACUCGGGCAACCAUGUCGUGAGAAAAACGCCGUGCUACAAGCGCUACAACGAGAUAACCAGAGGGAUUGACUGGCGGCAGUACGGUUACGUAUCGCCGGUGGAAAACCAGGGCUCGGACUGCCAGAGCUGCUGGGCCUUCUCCGCCUCGGGGUGCCUGGAGGCCCACCUGGCGAAGAAGACCCUCAGACUAGUGCCCCUGUCCCCCAAACACUUGGUGGACUGCGUCCCCUCUCCGAGCCAGGGAUGUCAGCGGGGCUGGGUGAGCUUGGCCUUCAACUACACGAGGGAUUAUGGCAUCGCCACCAAGCAGUCCUAUCCCUACCAGCCCCAAACGGAUGCCUGUCGCUGGAACCCCAAAAGCAGUGCUGGAACCCUGCGCAGUUACGUCACUCUGAACAACAACGAUGAGAGGGAAAUGGCCGAGGUGGUCUACAACAUCGGACCAGUGACCGCCUCCAUUGACCACGUGCACGAAGAAUUCACCCAGUACGUAAGUGGCGUCCUAAGGAUUCCCGGCUGCCGGUCCGCGAGGAUGAAGCUCUCCCACUCCAUGCUAGUGGUGGGCUUCGGAACGGAUCCCACCUGGGGUGACUACUGGCUGAUCAAGAACUCCUAUGGAACGUCCUGGGGCGAAAACGGCUACGUAAGACUGGCCCGCAACGCUGGCAACAUGUGUGGAAUCGCCUCGUAUCCCCAAUACCCAAUUUUGUAAGUCUGUCAGUAUGAAGAUCUAAAACUGCCUGUAAAUGUUUUUGAAGUUAUUGCAACGAAGUCAAAGAUCGUUUAAAAUUAUAUCCAACAGUAUAUUUUGCUAUAUCAUGUAUUAAUACAUUAAUCAUUUAUGACAAAGGGUUCUUUUUUAAGCUGAAAUUAAUGUAAUGUUUUUUAAAUAAAAGAAUCAUUUAUCCCCAUAA